AUGUCGACAACAAACAGCUCUGCUGCCUCUUCCACUUCUGUGGUCACUCAAAAAACAACCACAAACAAUGACGAAGUAUACAUUCCAGAGGAUCAGAAAAUUCCAAAUCCCAAAAUGGCAGUCUUUAAUCAUGUAGUGCUAAAAGGAAUACAAUUGGGAGGAUUUUUAGGUGCCCUCUAUACUCCAAUUCACUUUGCUACCAAACAGUAUAUUCUUAAAAAGCCACUUGCUCAUUCACUUGGUGAAUCAAUCAAGAUUAAACUUCCUCGAUUCAUUUCGAUAGGUACAUCGAUUGGAUUUGUCUUGACUGCAGCCAUGUAUUAUGGAAGAACUAGAACCUUUACACAGAAUAAUUUUGAUGAUAGAGCUUUCAGAAUUGCACACAAUAAGAUGAAUAUGUUUUGGGAUCAAAUUUGGGUUGCCUCAGUUUUGGGUUCUGCAAUCUUUUUCACCUUAAAGAAGAAACCAAUGAUCGUUGGACCAAUGAUUGGAAAUGCAAUUGGAACUCCAUUGUUUGCUGCCUUGUGGCCAAUCAAACAAAAAUUGGAUUAA